CCCCCCGAGCAAUGUUUUCAGCUGCCGCCAAGUGGGGUGGGGAAUAACUUUCCAGGAUGCUGAGCCUGAAUUAGGAAGAGGAAAGAUUUUCCUCCGAUGCCAGAAAAAAAGGCUGGAUGGGGCUGGCAUGAUUUCCAGAGAAGCUGGCCUUGAACAUUCACCAACUGCUAACUGGAAACCUUGGUCUCCACUUUCCAAUCCUUCUCCUUUUUGGCCAUGACGUUCGCCGAGCUUCUGGAUCAGAUUGGGGGCAUGGGCCGCUUCCAGAUUCUUCAGCUGGCCUUGUUGGUGACCCCGGUUUUAUUGACUGCCAGCCAUAAUCUCCUCCAGAAUUUUUCAGCUGGGAUACCAGAUCAUCACUGCCGGAUCAGGCUACUGAACAACGGCACCCACCACCAGGCUAACUGGACUCAAAUGCCGACCAGCGAGGAAGAUCUCUGGUGGAUUCCCAAAGAUGCCAGCGGCCAACCUGAGAAAUGCCGCCGUUUUGUGGCGACCCAGGGGCAUCUGCUCAACACCAGCACUGUCAGCGGCAAUGAGACCAGGGUGGCGACGGAGCCGUGUAAGGACGGGUGGAUCUACGACCGAAGCAUUUUCAUUAAUACCAUCAUCACGGAGUGGGACCUGGUUUGCAACCGGAAGACACGGAGACAGAUGGCCCAGUCCAUUUACAUGGGAGGAGUUCUUGCUGGGGCUCUUCUCUUUGGAAGCCUAGCAGACAGGUUUGGCCGCAAAGCAAUUUUAACUUGGUCCUACCUCCAGAUGGCCGUCUCGGGUGUAUGCACAGCUUUUGCUCCAAAUUUUGCAGCAUACUGUGUGUUCCGCUUCCUGGUUGGAAUGGCGCUUUCUGGGAUUGUCCUGAACUGCAUGACUUUAGUCCUGGAGUGGGUGCCCACCAAUGUCCGCACCAUUGCUGGCACCUUGGUAGGGUAUUCUGCCACUGUUGGGCAAAUAAUUCUUCCUGGUCUGGCUUACGGGCUCCCAGAUUGGCGCCAGCUGCAGUUCACCGCCUCAAUGCCGUUCUUCGCCUUCUUCAUAUACUCGUGGUGGUUUGCAGAAUCGGCCCGGUGGCUGGUGCUUUCUGGCAAAGCAGAGCAGGCUGUCGAUGUUUUGAAGAAGGUGGCUCAGCUUAACGGGAAGAAAGACGAAGGACAGAAACUCAACACCGAGGUCUUGAAAUCCAGCAUGCAGAAGGAAAUGAUGCUGGCACAGUCAUCCUACACCUUCGCCACUUUGGCCCGUACCCCCACGGUGCGCCGGAUCUCCUGCUGCAUUUCCAGUGUUUGGUUUGCAACCAGUUUCUCUUACUACGGCCUGGCCAUGGACCUCCAGCAUUUUGGCUUCAGCAUCUACCUCAUCCAGGUGGCCUUUGGCUCCAUCGACAUCCCUGCCAAGCUGGGAUCUGCCAUUGGCAUGAGUUACAUCGGAAGGAGGACCACACAAGCUUCAUCCGUUAUCUUGGCUGGGCUGGCCAUCCUGGUCAAUAUCUUGGUGCCCCCAGAUUUACGAACACUGAGAACUUUCUUGGCAGUGCUUGGCAAAGGCUGCCUUGCUUCAUCUUUCAACUGUCUCUACCUGUAUACAGGAGAACUCUACCCCACAGUGAUCAGACAAACUGGGAUGGGGCUAGGAAGCACCCUGGCUCGCGUGGGUGGCAUCGUGGCACCCAUGAUAAAAAUGACAGGAGAAUAUUGUCCCUACCUCCCGUCGCUCAUCUACGGGACAGCACCCAUCCUCUCUGGAGUGGCCGCUGUCUUCCUGCCUGAAACACUCAAUGUGCCCCUUCCAGAUACAAUAGAAGAAGUGGAAGGGAGAACAACCCCAGAGCAACAGUCCCCCAUUCAGAGCCAAGAACCAGUUUUGCUCCAGAAAGUGGGCCAAGGGAGAAUGCCGGAUGGUGAAAUUUGCUGAAACGGGGAAACGAGGAACAGACAGUCUACUGGAAACCACU